AGUGACGAGGUGACCCCUUUUAUUUGUUUCCCAUUUCCUCUUGCUUACUGCCCUAGAUUCUUCCUCCCUCCCCUUUCAAUUCCUCAUAAUUCCUCUACCUUCUAUUACUAUUCCCCACAAAAUAAAUCUUCAGACUAACAAUUGAAAUUGUUUCUUGAAUUUUCUUUUUUUUUCUGUUGAAUCUUCAUAUCACUAAGACAAUGAACUUUCUGGUUCUAGAAACUACAACUCGUUCAGUUUCUCCCUAACCAACAUCAAGCACAUUCAUCUUCUUCAAAGAAACUACGCAAGAACCGGGACAACCAAAAAAAUGGCGCCGUUAGCUGGUGGACUUUUGUCUCAUGCCAUCGACCAAGAUGCUGCUCAACAGGCGGUUGGCGCUGCAAGCGAAAUGGCCACUAUGGUGAUGAACGAGACAAGCUCUUUUCUAAGCAGAGCGAUGGAGGUUGUCGCUACGGGAGAACAACUUCCUGUGUCCUUCAUGCACCAAGCUGGACAAACUGGAACUACAACAUCGCGUGUGGUGGAGCAAGCAUUGCGCACUCACGACAUGAUGACCAGGACCUAUACGCACUUCGAUACCCUCGCUAAUGUUAAGGCUAGAAGUUGUACAAGAAAUCGAAAUCCACCAUUUUCUUUCAUUCUUCGUUCUAUUGAUCUCUGAGUUCUCUUCGUUCUAUUGUUCUCUGAGUAGUUCUAUAACUUCUAAUGAUGGCCACGUUACUUAUUCCAGUGUCGAUCACGAAGUGAGUGCGAGUACCUAUGCGGCGUCUUCCUUUAUGGACAUGGAGCCUUCAAACAAUGAGGUGUGGGACAUCAAAAAAAUGGAGGCUAAUGGGGAACGCGUUAACGAUCGACUGUUAAGGCUUCUCGUACAGAUGAUGAUUUUCAUUUUCGACCGAAAUGUCCAUGUCCAUCCUUAGAUAAGUAGUCGUGAAAUGUCCAUGUCCAUCCUUAGAUGUUGGAUCUUCUGAUGAAGAAUCAUCUGAUCUGACAAGAAAAGAAAAUUGAAACAAGACAAGAAAGUAAAGAAGAAACUAAGGGGAAGAAAACAAAUAUUUAUCGCUUCAUAGUGACAAACUUUGCAUCACCUCUUGCUAGGCAAAUUCAUUCACUCUUUCAUGAUAUCUGACAACAAGACUCUAUCUCUAAAAAAUCGUGAUGACGUUGAUGUGGACCCCGUGGUGCGGUUUAUCAAAGUGAUGUGGUUCCUCCUGCUCUUCGUGCCCAUCGUCAUCGCUUUCUUCAUCUCGCUCUUCUAUAUUGGAUGUCCGAGGUAUUAGUGUCAAUCCAUUAAUAUACUUUUUCGUCGUAUGAAUCUGAAGACUAUAAUCUUCGUAUAUAUAAAGGGAAGGGAGUGAUCUUGUUCAGUUUUUCUCCUUUCUCAGAGGUGUGCUGCAAAUCUAGAUUGGCUUCUUCCUUUUCAUAAUUGGGGCUUAGGUCCAGCGGCGCUCAAAGCACUAAAAUAAAACAACCUGUUAGUUUUUACCUUUGUAGGCUUUAGCCCUUCAGACACUAUAAUCUUCGUAUAAAUCUAACUAUCUUCUCAGUCAUUUCCGCUCUCCUGUAUUUCUCGGCUUUUCUCUCGUCACGCUCACCAGAUAUUUAUGCUCAAAGAAAUUGAAGAUCAACACUACCUUAUAAAUAUUUAUAGAAAUCUUUCUCCUUCCGCUUCCUCUUCCUCAGGUGUUGUUGCCUUUGCUGUGAAAAAAGUGGUUGUAAGUGUGUGCGGAUGGAAGAGGAUACAAAACUGCAGUCCUUUCAUCCAGGCAAGGACGGCAUGAACGCCUACAAAACCCAACGCAUCGUACCCGGCAGCUCAAUCUUAUGGUCAGCUUUUAUCCAUCUUGCACAGCAUCUCGAUACCGCUCUUUUCUUUCCCUUCUAUUUUUUUCAUGGGAAACGAAAUUUAGAGGUCGAGACGAGGGCAUCAUCGAGAUGAAUAAAUGUCGACUUCUCUAACAAUCCAGGAAGAAGGGUCAGCAGAUGAAGAGGGCACAGAUGCGGGAAACAGUGAGGGAACCAUAGAUGGGGACAACGCUGGUCCUACCGUUGAUGGUGAAGGAGAGAGUGGAAGUACUAUCAAAUUAUUUAGAUUCAUCAGUUAUUGAAUCAGAUUUCAUCUACAUGGAGAUGUAGUAGAUUACGUGUACCGGACAACUAGAAGAUCUAUGCUCUAACCUUAUCAUACUUGCUCCGAAAUCCCCCGUAUCCAGCUUUCCUUGCCUCUCUGCCUUUGUCAUCUAACUUAAGUACUAAAUUCGAAUAACUACAUAUUCAUCACUACAGAGAAGUAAGUUAAAUUUGAUUAAUUUUUGGCGAGCUUUCCCUGCCUCGGCGGGGCCUUCGUUAUUGACUCACCCUUAAAAAAUUUAUAUCCACCAGCUUUCCUUGCUUCCGUGCCUUCGUUAUUGACUCACUCCUAAAAAAUUUAUAUCCAGCUUUCCUUGCUUCCGUGCCUUCGUUGUCGCCGACACAAACCGAUGUACCCAUGAAAUCGAAAUCGGCGAGAAUUAUGGUCGAGCCGAUCCCUGCACCUGCUCCCUCCUCUCUACGCUAUCGCGGUGCUGGCGGUCCGUCGCAGUAUCUCAGCAGCCUACAACAGAGCGAAGAGUAUGAAGAGGCAUUGGAGAAGGAGCUUGAGAAGGACCAAUUGCUCGAGGUUUAUUACGAGGGUGGCGGUUGCUGUAAUGGCCGUUUGAAGAUUCGCCGAAUCGGAG